UCCAUCCCAACGGCAAGAAUAGCAGUCUCUGCCGUCUUCGCAGGAGCAGGACAGAGGAAAAGCAGAAGCAGGCCAGCCCAAAAGAAGCACGUUCACGGUUCACCAAGUCAAGCAAACCUCUCUCAAAUUCCAAACCCCCACAAUCACCGCACCCCCUUCCUCCUUCCACAUUGCCCAUUUGCCCCCCCAAGCAAGAGCAACCAAGCACGCCGCGGUCCGUGCUCCCUCCCUCCCUCCGAUCUAGAGUAGAGCGCGCGCCCAAGUCUAGAACGGAGACCAAUGCGCAAGGUGCUCAUCAACGCCGUCCUCUUCCCGGCUCUCGCGGCGGCGGUCGCUCUGGCCAUCUUCUGCUUCGUCCGCUGCCGCCGCCGCCGCGGCCGGGGUCGCGGCCGCGACCGCUCGGUACUGCCCUCGCACGGCGGCGGCGCGAGGGCGGACCGGUUCCAGGCGGGCGGCGCCUCGGGCGGAUACGCCGCCGGCGGGGGGGAGGAGGCGCUGAUGCGGUUCCCCGGCGGCGAGGCGCUCACGGUGGCCGCGAUCCUCGAGGCGCCCGGGGAGGUGGUGGCCAAGUCCUCGCACAGCACGCUGUACCGCGCCGGGCUCAGCGCCGGCGAGGCCGUCGCGCUGCUCCGGUUCGUGCGCCCGGCCUGCGCCGCGGGCGCCGACGAGGCCCGCGCGGCCGCGCGGGCGCUCGGCGCCGCGCGCCACCCCAACCUCGUGCCGAUCCGCGCGCUCUACAUCGGCCCCCGCGGGGAGAAGCUGCUCGUCCACCCGUUCUACGCCGCCGGCUCGCUGCGCCGAUUGCUGCAAGAGGGAAUCAAUGAUUCACAGAGGUGGGAGAUAAUCUGCAAGCUGUCGAUCGGGAUCGCCAAAGGACUGGACCACCUCCACACAGCGUCGCACAAGGCAAACGUUCACGGCAACCUCAAAACAAACAACGUCAUGCUGGACGCCGAUUUCCAGCCCAGGAUCUCAGACUUCGGGCUCUACCUCCUGCUGAACUCCGCCGCGGCGCAGGAGAUGCUCGAGACGUCUGCGGCGCAGGGCUACAAGGCCCCGGAGCUGAUGAAGAUGAGGGACGCCACAAGGGAGAGCGACGUGUACAGCCUGGGAGUGAUCAUGGUCGAGAUGCUCGCUCAGAAGGAGGUCGCAGACGGCCGUAAUAAGCCGCCGCCGAACGCGCGCGACAUCCACCUGCCCGCCUCCUUCAGAGACCUGGUCCUGGAGAGGAAGAUCUCAGAAGCUUUCGGCUCCGAGCUUCUUCUGAAGCGGAGCAAGGACUCCGGGAUGGAGGGCCGCCUGGACGCCUACUUCGAACUGGCGACGGCCUGCUGUAAUCCGUCGCCGUCGUUGAGACCGGAUACGAAGAAAAUACUGAAAAGGCUUGAGGACAUAGCAAGACAAUAAUAGUAGAGGCGUGCGGUCGGGUGCGGCGGUGAGGCUAUCCCCGGUCCUGUUUAGAAAGUAAGUGUGGUGUUAUAGCAGCAACCGCCCAACAGAGGAUUACUUGUAAUGUUUGGUUACUUGUUGCAUACGACGGCAGAGAUUGUACUGGCGCGGGCCGGCGUUUGGAGAAUGAUCGUAACGUAAACUUAGGAGCCACAAGCGUGCAUGUAUAGAAAAGGUACACUUUUCAACGUAACUACAUAGGAACUCAUCCCAGAACAUAAACCGUGGGUGCUUUCUUUCGACGUGGAAACUGUAUCAGGCAACUAGCAUCUGUUGAACUCUCUGGUGACUGAAUUUUGUCGACAA